AUGACAGCAAAGGGACCCUACGAGGUCCACGACGACGAGAAACUCGGCGAUAUCGAGCGCGCCGCCGGCUCCCCGACCGAAAAUGGGUCGCCCACGACCAGCAGCAGCGAGUCGGUGACGACGACCAGAGACGGCAAGACUGAAGAACCCUCUUACAACGCUACUACAACAGCGACGGACGAGGUAACCGCCGACGGCGACGCAAAGGAGGCGCCCGAAACGCAGGCAGCGGCGGCGGCGGCGGCGGCGGCGCAGGGACCACCACCGGCCGGCGCCGAGGACACGCCCGAGGCCGGUCGCACGAAGCUGGAGACGACGCUCAUUGUGCUCUCGCUGUGCGCGGCGCUGUUCCUGGCGGCGCUGGAUGUCACGAUUAUUACAACUGCUGUGCCGACCAUUGCGGAGGAAUUUAACAGCAAUAUUGGGUACAUUUGGAUCGGGUCGGCGUACCUUCUCAGCAACGCGGCGUUUGUCCCGACCUGGGGCAAGUUUUCUGAUAUUUGGGGCCGGAAGCCCAUUCUCCUCUGCGCCGUCGGUGUCUUCUGGAUCGGGUCGUUGAUCUGCGGGCUGUCCACGAGCAUGGGCAUGUUGAUUGGCGCCCGCGCGAUCCAGGGCAUCGGCGGCGGCGGCAUCAUCGUCCUGGUCAACAUCUGCGUCAGCGACCUCUUUUCGAUGCGCCAGCGCGGCGUCUACUUUGGCGUCAUGGGCAUGGUCUGGGCCGUCUCGAGCGCCAUCGGCCCCGUGCUGGGCGGCGUCUUCACCAGCAAGGCUACCUGGCGGUGGUGCUUCUACGUCAACCUGCCCAUCUCGGGCAUAGGCUUCCUCGUGCUCUUCUUCGUGCUCAAGCUGCACAACCCGCGGACGCCCGUCGCGCAGGGCUUGAAAGCCAUUGACUGGGUCGGCACGCUCACCAUCAUCGGCGGCACCCUCAUGUUUCUCUUUGGCCUCGAAUUUGGCGGCGUGUCGUACCCCUGGAGCUCGCCCACCGUCAUUUGUCUCAUCGUGUUUGGCAUCGUCACCAUUGGCGUCUUCGCCGUCAACGAGUGGAAGUACGCGCGGUACCCCGUCAUCCCGAUGCACCUCUUCCGUAGCUGGUCCAACAUGGCGGCCUUUGCCACGGCCUUUUGCCACGCCUUUGCCUUUAUCUCGGGGAGCUACUGGCUGCCGCUCUACUUCCAGGGCGUGCAAGGGGUCUCUUCGCUCCUUUCGGGCGUCUACCUGCUCCCCUACGUCCUCUCGCUGUCCCUCAUGUCCGCCGUCGCGGGCGUGCUGAUCCGCAAGACAGGCAACUACGUAUACCUCAUCAUUGGCGGCAUGCUCGUUGCCACGGUCGGCUUCGGCCUCUUCCACGACCUGCCCCUGGACCGCAACUUUACAAAGAUUAUUCUCUUCCAGAUCGUGGCGGGGCUCGGCAUCGGCCCCAACUUCCAGAGCCCGCUGAUUGCGGUGCAGACGUCGGUGGAGCCGCGCGACAUCGCGGCCGCGACGUCGGCGUUUGGCUUCAUACGGCAGAUGGGCACGUCCGUCUCCGUCGUCAUUGGCGGCGUGGUUUUCAACAACGAGAUGCAGAGGCAGUACCCACGGCUGAGGGAGCAGCUGGGCCCGGAGCUGGCGGGGAUGCUCUCAGGCUCGAGCGCCGCGUCCAGCGUGGGCGUGGUGGCGGACUUGCAGGGCGAGCAAGGGUUGAUUGCGCGCGGGGCCUACCUGAGUAGUCUGCGGACCAUGUACAUUGUCUACGUCGCGUUUGCCGGGCUGGGGCUCGUCGCGAGCUUGUUUGUUAGGCAGAAGCAGUUGAGCAAGAAUCACACGGAGCAUAAGACGGGGUUGAAGACGCUUCGGAGCCGGACUGGGAAGUGA